ACCUGUCCCCAAACCUGUCCCGCGAUCAACGAUAAUGAGCCCCGAGUUAGCCCGACUGUAUGCAGCAAAGAGACAAGCGAUAAAAAUAGCGAAGGAUAUCGACUCAGAGAUUGAGCACUUUGUUCAGAAUCAGCUCUAUCGCAGAACCUUUGAUACCAACGAUAUGGACUUCCCAUUCUUUAAUCCAAAACCUACGAACCCUUUGUCUGCUGCUAUUGGUGCUCAAGGUGGAGUCUGGUUCCCAGGUCCAUCAGGAGCAGGUGUCGAGGGAAGUCGCAUGCUUGAGGGCCGGGCAAAUCAAGCACUUCCUUUCCGUAGGGCCCAGGCCUCACGGACAGCAAGUCAGGCUGGGUUAGCUAGAAUGCUGCAAGUACCACAAAAUGUCGGCAAUUCAAAGGUUCCUCGAACAAUCACGCCAACUGGGACCCAGUCUACACCGGACCCCUCAGAUGAGAUAAAUAGCCUCGGAAAUCCCGCAGAAUUUGAUCAGAAAUGCAUGGUGCUUAAACUGACGUUUGAAAAGUCAGCUGGUGACUUGGUGUUUGACGACUCACCACAAAAGAACAAUGGCCAGCUUCAAGGCGAGGCGCGAGUUUUAAAAGACCAUGCUGACCAGGGACGGUCUGUUGAUUUUGGGAACAAUGGGAAAUUAGUUCUUAAACCUGGUUUCAAGGGAAAACCAAAUAAGUCCAUCGCGAUCUCACUGUGGGUCAAAUUAAAAAACGGUCAGGGAGUUAUUCCUCUAAUUACAGCCACCGAUGAAAGAAACUAUGUUCGCUAUGACUUACAACUACGCAAUGGCAGAGGAGAAUGGGUGCAUAGAGGGGACUCGGGCAGAGAACUGUUUCAUAUCCAGUCUAGCUCCUCAGAUGUAACUGCUGAAAAAUGGCAUAACAUCGUAGGCAGCUUUGAUUCUGUGUCAAGGACUGCGUCACUUUGGGUGGACGGCAAACAAGUGAGCAAAGAAGAUGGAGUUAGUGGUGUGCUCUCACAGAAAUGGAACAAGCUGACCAUAUUUGGAGGAAAAGCGCGUGGAGACAUGGAUAAUGUCUUUAUGUUCAGAUGUCCCCUGGACAAAACCAAAAUCGUGGCUCUGUAUGUGUCUGCAGCAUCUCCUAAAGAAGUCAAAAGAGAUGUGAUUCCACAACCUCAAUGACGUGGAGUAAUUUAGUGUGCGACCGAGGGUGAAAAUCAAUUCAGGAUUGCUGUGGUUUUACUUUGCCAUCUAUGUUAUCAGUUUUAAAACCUCGAAUCAGCUUCAGUUCCAAGGAACUAGACAGAUGCAUAACUUACAGCUGAUCGCAUCUCAGCUGCUAGCUUUUGUUUUUUUGGUUUUUUUUUUGGUUUUUUUUGGUUUUUUUUUUUCACAGGUGAAGCCACUUUCAUGUAGAUUUUGUAUUUUAAGUCAAUGAUUCCACUGGCCAUGCUGGCCCAUUCUUAAAUGGACCUUUGUUCUCAAUGAUUGAGAUCCCUUUAUUUUUGAUUUUAUGCUUGAAAACCCUAUUAGUAGUAACACAACUUUGAGUCACCUAGCUUAUUAAUAAAAAGCCAGAGUGGGUAUUCGUUUUUCAUAUCACUGAUGAAGGCUUAAGCCUUAGCCAAAUCGUCUGUUUCAGAAAUAACAACAGUCAGAGGGCAACCAAUUUCCAUAAAACUAGGUAUUGCUAAACUAUUUUCCUAAUAGCUCUACAUACUUAUAUUUCUAUCUUCUUACUAAAAUCCAACUGCACCUAUACUUUCCGUGAUCUGUUAGGAGAGGAAACAAUCACUGUCCGCAUUAAAACUAAAAAUCUGACUUGUUGCUGA